AUGGAGAACAAAGCCUGCAAUGGGUCAGGGGACUCUCAGACCAUCUUCUACCUUACAGGCAUCCCCUCUCUGCAAAAAUACCUCUUCCUUCCUGUCUUCUUCCUCUUCCUCCUCUUCUACCUGCUCAUCCUGGUGGGGAACACCCUGAUCCUGGUGGCUGUGGUGACAGAGCCCAGCCUCCACAAGCCCAUGUGGAGGAACCUCUCAGCUCUAGACAUCUUCUCAACUACAACCACUGUCCCCAAGUUACUGUCCCUGUUCUUGCUGGAAGACCAUUUCCUCAGUUUCCCAGCAUGCUUCCUGCAGAUGUAUCUCUUCCAUGACCUCAACUGCUCAGAAGCCUUCAUCCUGGUGGUCAUGGCCUAUGACCGCUAUGUGGCUAUCUGCCGCCCUCUGCACUUCCCUGUUCACAUGACCCCACAGACAAACACUGCACUGGCAGCCAGUGCCUGGAUCACUGCCCUCCUCCUGCCCAUCCCAGCUGUGACACAGACCUCUCAGAUAACAUUUGACAGCAUCGCCUACAUCUACCACUGCUUCUGUGACCACCUGGCUGUGGUCCAGGCCUCCUGCUCAGACACCAGCCCCCAGACCCUCAUGGGCUUCUGCAUCACCAUGGUGGUGUCCUUCCUCCCCCUCCUCCUGGUGCUUCUCUCCUAUGCCCGCAUCCUGGCCUCAGUGCUGCGUAUCAACUCCAGGGAAGGGCGUUCCAAAGCCUUCUCCACCUGCAGCUCCCACCUGCUCGUGGUGGGCACCUACUACUCAUCCAUUGCCAUAGCCUAUGUGGCCUACAGGACCAACCUCCCUGUAGACUUCCACAUCAUGGGCAAUACGGUGUUUGCUAUUCUCACCCCUGUUCUCAACCCUCUCAUCUAUACCCUGAGGAACGAGGAUGUCAAGGCAGCCAUCAUUAAAACCAUACAUGUCAAGACUCAGAUUGUGACAAAGACAUUAACCUUUAAAUCAAGUUAG